UUUCAUUAUUGUGAUGUGAUUGGUGUAAUUGCUCGCCAUGUCUUGUUUGUAAAAGUUAAGUUUGUGACCUGAAACACGUUGAUUUGUCAGAUAAGCCUUAUUUUCUCUAAUUUUUGUUAGUAUUAUACUUUAGUUAUUCAAAAUGGUGAAAAGGAAGAAUAGGGUUGUGUAUGAUUCUAGCAGUGAUGAUAGUGAUAGUCCAGAUUCUGCCUCUGAAACAGGUGAAUUGUCUGACAAACCAGAUAAAGAAAAUACUGAAAAUAACAAGCAGGAAUCGUCAAAGCGAUCCGAUUCUGAUUCUGAGACUUCUGAAAGUGAUGACGACUGGACCGUUGAUGGGAAAGGUGGCAAGAAGAAGAAAAAGCAAAAGAAAUCUCUCCCAAAGAAAACUCAAGAUGAAUCCCGAAGUUCCAGUAGCAGCAGCAGCGAAGACGAAGCUGAUAAUGCGCCGAGUUCUGAACCCGAAGAAGGCGAAGUGUCUGACUCGGGAAGUGGUUCUGGAGAGGCUUCGGACAGCGAUGAUGAAUUUAAUGAUGGUUAUGACGAGAAUUUGAUGGGAGAUGAGGAAGACAAAGCUAGAUUGGCCCAGAUGACAGAAAAGGAGAGAGAGCAGGAAAUCUACAACAGAGUGGAGAAGAGAGAAGUCCUGAAAACAAGAUUUGAAAUAGAAAAGAAAUUGAGGCUUGCAAAGAAAAAGGAACAAAAGAUGAAGGCCAAGAAGGAAGAAAUGAAGCAAAAGACAGAUGCAAGUUCUCGCAGCAAGGAACGCAGGAGAAUGGUGGAAGAGAACAAAGGUAAACUGGAUAAGAAAGCUCAAGCUAUACAAGAUUUGAAAGAGCGAAGAGAAAAAAAAAGGAAGCUUGCUGAACUCCAAAAAGAAAAAGAAGCAGAAGAUGCAAAAGAAGAAGAAGAAGUUGAUUCUGAUGAUAAAGAUAGCCAGCAACCUGUGAAAAAGCUUAGAGCAAGUGAUAUCUAUUCAGAUGAUGAUGAUGAUGAUGCUAGUGGAAAUGAAAGAGACAAUCAAAGUGAAGCAUCUUAUCAUUCAAGAAGUGAAGAUGAGGAUGAACCUUGUAAUAAAAAAUCAGAAUAUGUAGCUUCUAAAGAGGAACUUUCAAAAAUUCGCCUUUCCAGGCACAAAUUAGAAAGGUGGGUUCAUGCACCUUUUUUUGCCAAGACAGUCAUUGGUUGUUUUGUGAGAAUAGGUAUUGGUGCUAAUAAUGGUAAUCCUGUGUACAGAGUGGCUGAAAUUAUUGAUGUUGUUGAAACUGCUAAAAUUUACCAGUUGGGUACAACAAGAACAAAUAAAGGGCUACGUUUGAAACAUGGAUUACAAGAUCGAGUUUUCCGUUUAGAAUUUGUAUCUAAUAAAGAUUUCAGUGAUUCAGAAUUUCAUAAGUGGAGAGAAACUUUGUUACUAGAAAACAUAGCCUUGCCAACCACUGAUGAUGUUGAGAAAAAAUUAAAAGAUAUUCAAACUGCCAUGAACUAUCAGUACAAGGAAGAUGAUGUUGAAAAUAUUGUUAAAGAGAAAGAAAGGUUUAAGAAAAAUCCUCACAACUAUGCAAUGAGAAAAACUCAGCUGUUAAAGAAAAAAGAAAUGGCCGAGUUGGAAGGUGAUCUGGAUGAAGUCCGAAGGUAUCAAGAAGAAUUGGAACGAAUUGAGGAGCGGGCAAAGGAAUUAGAUAACAUGAGGACUAGUACUAUUAGCAACAUCACUUAUAUCAAUGUCCGUAAUCGAAAAAUGAACAUUAUUGAAGCUGAGAAAGCUAUUAAAGAAAUGGCACAGAAUGGGCCGCAGACUGUUGAUGACCCAUUUACUCGUCGACGUUGUGCUCCUACUUUAGUCACAAAGUCCAGAGAGCCACAAAUAAAUUCUACCCUUCUUUUAGAAUUAGCCAAGAAAAAAGAAAUAGAAAAGAAGAAGCAAUUAGAAGAAGAGAUGAAAAGAAAGGAGGAAGAAAAGCGGAAAGCAGCCACUUCUGCAACUACAAAUAAUCCUCAGGAUGAAGAUCUUUUUAACGCUCAUGACUUUGAUAUUAAAAUUGAUCUUCAAAUGCCUAAUAUAGCUCUGUCUGCCCAUGUUACCCGUGUGUCUGCUGCUCCUCCAGCAGCUCCUAAAAGGUCCCUUAAUUUAGAAGAAUACAAGAAAAUGCGAGGGCUUAUUUGAUGUUUUCAUACAUGUUAGAUACCAUGUCAUAGGUAUGACUUUAGUGACUAUUGAUAGUGUUUUUUAUAAGUGCCCUGAUAAUGGAUUGUGUACUUUUAGAAACAACUGCCUUCCUUUUCUGUACUUGUGCAGGAUACCUGUAGACUUAUAGGUACCAUUUCCUGGAACAGAAUUUAUAUACUGCCAGAAAAUGCUAUGCAAUAAUACAUUUUGCUUAUGUAUGGAAAGUGUUAUUAAUAUACUAUGGCUGAAUAUAAAAAAACUUACUAUAUGUGUUUAUUUAUUAAGGAAAACUGAAAAAAGUAUUUCUUUACUUUGUUAAUUUAUUGUUGAUGUAAUCAGUUGAUAAUAAGAUUUUCGAGCAGUGAAGUUUCUGAGAUCAUUAUUACUUCCAUUGACAGGACUUAAAUGUUCUCUGUAUAAAAGCAAUAUAUUUAUAAUAGCUCUUGCGCUGACCAGUUUCAUUUAUGUAUCUAGAUAUUUUGUUCUUUCCUUCAAAUUGUACAUUGAUAUUUUUAAAAUAUAUAUGUUGUAACACUAGUAGAAAUUAAUAAAAUAUUUUCUCCCAAGUAAUAUAAUCACUUAAAAUUAUUAUAAGAAAAGAUAUAAGAUAUAUAG